GGCACGGCCCAGGCUCCAGACCAGCUCCCGCAGCACCAUGGAGCCAGCGGGCAUCACCUUCCUCCUGGGGCUCCUCAUCCUCUGGGCUCAGCUGCCGGGCGCCCCGGGGCAGGACGACGGAGGUAAGCACAGAGCGGGGCUGCCCCCUCGUCCCCAGCCUGUCCUCUCAGCUGCACCCCUGUCCUCCCCAGGCCCGGGCUGGAUACAGCCCCACUCUGGUGCCCUGUCUCUGCUGCAGGUAAAGAAGGAGAGUGCCCGGCUGGCGAGGUCAAGGCCGUGCCUCCCUCCAGGGUCUACUGCCUCUCGGACCACAGCUGCCCGGGGGCCGAGAAGUGCUGCAGCAGGGAGCACCUGCGAGCCUGCCUGCUCCCUGCCACCGUGUCCCCAGGCUACUGCCCACGGUCCGGCCCGCAGGAGGUGGGGGCGGGGAGCUGCGCGGCCAGCUGCUCCAACGACACGGCGUGCCCCGGGGGCCAGAAGUGCUGCGCUGAGGGCUGCUGUGCUCGCUGCCACUGCCCCGAGCCAGGUAGGGCUGGUGGGGACCAGGUGGCUGGCAGGGAGUGGGGGUCCGCCGAGCCGCACCCAGAGCUGCCGUCUCCCCCCAGCCAAGCCCGGCGUUUGCCCUCGGAAGCCAGCCUCCCCAGACUUCGCCCCCUGCCCCAGCCGGUGCAAGGACGACAGGACCUGUCCUGGGGACGAGAAAUGCUGCUUCACCGGCUGUGGACUGGGCUGCGUGAGCCCCUACAAAGAGAAGCCGGAGGAGUGCCCGGCAGUGCCGACGGCGCCGCCCAGGGGGCCAUGCCUGGACGCCUGCCUGGACGACUCCGAGUGCCCGGGGGACGAGAAGUGCUGUGAUACCGGCUGCGGCCACCGCUGCCAAGCUCCGCACUCAGCCAAGCCGGGCGCCUGCCCGCUGCUCCUGCGAGGCUCCCUUGGGCCCUGCAUGGAGACGUGCCGCAGCGACGGGGACUGCGCCGGGGCGGAGAAGUGCUGCAGCACCAGCUGCGGCCACAUCUGCAAGCUGCCCGUUGCGGUGCGGCCCGGGCUCUGCCCUGCCCCUGCCAGAAAGGACGAGGCCGAGGACUGCUCCCUCCUGUGCGGCCAGGACAGCGAGUGCCCGGCGGGCGAGAAGUGCUGCCUGCUGAGCUGUGGCCGUGCCUGCGUCCCCCCCGUCGUGCAGGAGAAGCCGGGCAGGUGCCGAUGGACGCCGCACGUGUGCCUGGGGAACGUCACGGCCGAGUGCCACACGGACGCCGAGUGCCCGGGCAGGCGCAAGUGCUGCCUGGCCGGCUGCGCCCGGACGUGCACCCCUCCCGAGACAGGUGUGGCUCCUUGGACCGUCAGGGCUGCCACGGACUGGGGCGGACCCCGGGUCCGUCUGGGCCCCUCUCCGGCACGGCGGCAGAGUGCAGAGGCUGGAAGGGAGAGGGACUGGGUCCGAGCAGGGCUUUCCCUGCUCCUUUCUCCCCUGCAGCCUCCAGCAUUUAAGGUCCAGGGCGCUCUGAUGCAGGGGCCGUGCCCCUCUCCCUGCGCAGUAGCGACCGAUGCCCUUUCUGCCAAGCACAGGUCCAGUUCCCCCACCACAUCUGGUGGCCACGAGUCCCACCUUUAA